UACAAAUUAUCGACUCCCAUUACCAUCCAACCUUUUAGAGAUCGAAGGCAAUCUCCAUGGCUUUCACCAUUGCUUCCACCUCCCUCUCAACCAGGGGAGAGUUGGCCACGAAGUUACCUUCUGUGGGAAGGAGCAAUAAUCCAAGGUAUUUGUUGAGAAGCAGCCAUGGAUUGAAGCUUAAAGCAACUAAAGGAGGUGUAUCAAGUGUCUGUGAACCACUUCCCGCUGACAGACCUAUAUGGUUCCCAGGAAGCUCUCCUCCUGAAUGGCUUGAUGGCAGCCUUCCUGGAGAUUUUGGGUUCGACCCACUCGGCUUAGGAUCUGAUCCAGAAACACUGAAAUGGUUUGCACAAGCUGAGCUGAUGCACAGCAGAUGGGCGAUGCUGGCAGUUGCGGGAAUUCUUAUCCCAGAAUGGCUCGAAAGCCUGGGGUUUAUCGAAAACUUUUCAUGGUUCGAUGCUGGGUCAAGAGAAUACUUUGCUGACCCAACCACAUUAUUUGUAGUGCAAUUAGCUUUGAUGGGUUGGGUGGAAGGUCGAAGAUGGGCUGACAUGGUCAACCCAGGGAGCGUUGACAUCGAACCUAAUUUUCCCAACAGGAAGAAACCAAAGCCGGAUGUCGGGUACCCUGGUGGGUUGUGGUUUGACCCGUUCAUGUGGGGAAGAGGGUCGCCGGAGCCAGUGAUGGUUCUUAGGACGAAGGAGAUCAAAAACGGCCGGCUUGCAAUGCUGGCGUUUACAGGUUUUGUAUUCCAAGCCAUUUACACCGGACAAGGUCCCCUUGAGAACCUAACGGCACACCUUGCAGAUCCUGGUCAUGUCAACAUUUUCUCGGCCUUCAGCACCCAGAUUCAGUGAUCGAUGCUUUGGUUACUAGCCUUCCUUCAAUCACAGUUUUUGUAAACUUGUAUGUUUUGAUUGAGUUAACCAAGUAGUUAAAACUGUUUCAAAUUUAAUCUCAUAUCUGUAUACAUAUGCUUUGCU